UUACUAUAGUAACGAAUGAGCGCAGAACUGUCAGAGCUGCUGUUAUUGGAGAUUACCUGCUGGCGUAGAGCGCGUGACCUCCAGGUGGCGGUGUGUCGCUGUGUAAACUCCACUCUUCGGUCACCCUUCCAGAGCUUCAGCGCGAGCGGUGGUGGUGAUUCCAGUGUCCUGGAAGUUGUAGGAUUCACAGUCCGGUGUUUGUCUCUCAGGCUGCUUCCUGUGAGCGCGAGCGCGACUCUGCAGUCACCCGCACAUGUUCAUGAUGAGAGAGAAAGCCGCGCGCACCGGGGCCGCCAGUGUUUCUCAGCUGUGCUGGUUACUGCAAUGAAUGGCAACACUAUCGAGGAGGCCCCGAGCAGCAUAGCGCCCCCUUGUGGCUGGAGGGAGUUUUGCGAGCUUCAUGCGUGUGCCACAGCGCGAGAGUUAGCGCAGCAUUACCGCCGUUUUGCCGGAACUCGACCGCCGCACGAUGUUGUUUCUCCGGAGAAAUUCAGCAGGCACUUCAGCGCCAUCUUCCAGCACCACUUCCGGCAAGAGGUGGCCAAAGAAGAAGCCCCGCCCCCUCCCGUGACUGGCCGUGCAUGCUCCUUUUCUGGAGUGCUCGAUUACCGGGAAGCAGGUCGACCAGUGGGUGGAGCCUCAUUCGUCAUUUUGCCACCAAAGCUGGAGCGGGAGCAGCCGCUGCAAAACUUCACUACACACAGGCCACUUGGUCACUCCCAAGGGGUGGAGCUUGCUGAGAAUUACGCCCCUUCGUCCGUUUUGCCACCCCCCUCACGUGUCAACGUCUUUUCUCAGAUCGGACGAAGCGUGUGCCAGUUCUUCAAGAAACGCUCGUCGCGUGAGGACUCGGUCCAUGACAGCUCCGGGGACGAGUCGGAAAGAAGAAGCGGGGCUUCGGGGUCAGCGGAACACUCCUCAGCUACAGCGCCGCGUAGUGGCAUACAGCUGCUGAGCCGCCUGAAGAAUCACAGCACAAAAUGGCGGCAGGAUACAGGAAGCGUGUGCAAGGAAGGACAUUUUAGCUACCUGGAGGUAAAUGACACGAUUUCGGACACGGCCCCACGCUGGAUGCGCUGCCGCCUGCUGGUCCGGAGGACAAACGACAGGUUGGAACUUCAGCUCUACAGCCCGCCCAAGGGCUCCAUUCCGAAGCUGAAAGUGCGCUGCUCUGACAUACUGGAGAUCCGACGCUGUAAUCGACUAGAGAUGCCUGACAACAUCAACACAUUUGUAUUAAAGGUUAAUAACCGUACCAGCAGUUUUAUAUUUGAGGCUGAUGAUGAGCAGCAGCUGAAUUCCUGGACUUCAGAGCUCAGAGGCUGUAUCAGCACCAGGGCGGACAUUGUGGAUGCAGAGCUAGUCUGUUUUCCUGUCGCUGAUCCUGUUGCAGCAGUGAGGAGGGGGAGCACAGAGUCUGGCAGCCCGGGCUCUCCGGGUUUCACUCUGCCGGAGCAGGCGUACCACAAGACGGAUCACUUCCUGGCCUCCUACCCAUGGUUCCAUGGGCCCAUCUCCCGCGUGCGUGCCGCGUACCUGGUGCAGCACGCAGGGGUCAGAGGUCACGGCAACUUCCUGGUGAGACAGAGCGAGACUCGGAGGGGAGACUACGUCCUCACCUUCAACUACCAGGGAAGAGCCAAGCAUCUGCGUCUGUCUCUGACUGAAUGGGGUCAGUGUCGGGUCCAGCACCUGCGUUUCUCCUCCGUCGUUAACAUGCUCUCACACUUCCGCGUCUGUCCGAUCCCACUCGAGUGCGGAGCAGCGUGUGAUGUCCUAUUGGCCAAUUACGUGCUGGCCACGCCCACCACCUCAGCUACAUGUUCCUCAGUGGGUUCUCCGGUGUUGGUUCCAUUCUCGCGCUGUAGCUCAGAGCCUAGCCUUGCUCACUGGGGCCUCGAAGCAUCUGCCCCUGUCGCCCCACCCCUCGGGGCUUCGUCCGGUCCCGCCCUCCCGCCACACGGCGCUCCGGGACCCGCCUCUGACCACGGCCACAUCUGGCGCAGCGAGUCGGUGGGCCGCAGGACUCUCCUCCGCCACCCGAACCCGCUCCCGCACACCCGGGACUCGGAAUACGAGCUGGAGCCGCUGGACAGGGGGCGCAAGAGAGCCAUCGACAACCAGUACAUGUUCUUCUGAACGAGAGAGACAGUCAGCUUUCGGGAUGGAGACAUCCAGCAGGGGGCGCCGGAGAAGUCUGGUGAAGAUGAUGGAGAGGAACUUGGGCAGCAUCUGAGUCCUCUGAAGGCGCGUCCUCUUAAUCCCUUUAUCGGUGAAUGUGUGUUAAAGCCCUUGACUCGCGAGGGGAAGAUCAGCACGUGUGCAGGAUACACUCCUAGAGUCCUUCGGAGUGCGCAUUCGUCUGACGAGUCCCUCGGAGGUGAAGUGACACAAACUCACAACGCAGUGCACACUUCACACAAGCGCGUGUGUGUGUGUGUGUGUGUGUGUCUGUGCUCCACAGAGACGCCUGACAAUCACGUCCGCUUUGAAUGUACUUUACAGAUUUGUUUCAUUAUUAAGCAUUAUAUGGCCUUUAGAAAAACAGUGUCGUGUGUGUGUGUGUGUGUGUGUUGGGAAGUUUCUAUAACAUUCUCUGCAGUACAUGCUGGUUCAUUCGGCUCUUUUUGGCACAUCGCGAAGUGUAAAUGUGUGUGUGAUGAGAGUGUGAGCCCUACUGGGACAGCAUUAGUUUAUUUAAGUGAGUUCUUCGAGUGAGUGAGUGCGUUUCUUCCUAAAACUGAUGCGCCCAGGCCGAACGCUAGAUGUCUCCGUUUUUGUUUUUUAAUCAUUUCCCCCAUUUUAAGAAAUCGUUUGAGCACUUCCUGUCCCGGCUUUCACUCGGGAUGGGCAGCAGACACCGGGGCAUCAGACGAGCCUAAAGACUGAGCUACUGGACAAAUCAAUCCCGCUAAUCCUCAGGCUAUCAACUAGCAUGCUAACGAGCUGGUGCUAGCUGACAGUUUGGCUAAUUCUACACUCGUUCUUACGGCUAACCGUGUUGGCUGUUAUUGUUAAGGAUAGUCUGCUUGACGUGUAAUAGGUUAAAAACUGCACAAUAAUGCCAGUGGAAAUAAUCUUUUCUGUCACAAACUGAGAAAUAGCACUUACGUUAUCGAGUCUCCUGCGCACGGUGAGCUAGCAAAGCACAGAGCUAGCACUGUGUGCGUUUGUGGACGGACUAGCAUGCUAGCACAAAGCUGCCAGGGCCAACUGGCUUUGGCUAGAUCAUAAAGUGAAUUAAAAUUUGAUUGAUAUACAUGUCAGUAUAAUUUAAUCACUUCAGGGUGAUGUCAUAAGGCUAAUCCUCAUAGACUAGAUGAACAAUGCUAACACAGCUAGGUUAUUCUCACUCUCCAGGCUUGUUUACAGCUAGCUCACUUAGGAGAAGAUUUACCUCAGGAACCUCCGCUCCUGUUGUCUCCUGUAGUCUCGAGAAAGUGGAUUAAAAAAAGAUCACGUACUUGGCAGGUGUCUCCGCUGUGGUAGCUCUUCCCGAGUGGAACGACGGACGCUUGGUUUUCCACAUCAGUCAGUUCACGACCAAUAAUUUAGCAAUAAUAAGCCCCAAAGUGCCUCCAUGAAGUAGCGUAGCUACGUCAGUUCGAGUAACGAUACAGGGACAAAACCUAAACUUGACCGCACCAGUAGGGGGCAGUGUACAGAUUUUUAUUUUUAUUUUCAAAUGUAAAUUAAACCCGUCUGCCGAGAAACAUCACGGAUGCUGAUGGCUGAACUUGUAGUCUGGAAAGUACGGUAUCCGUCGACGGAAUUAUCUGUAUAACAUGCCAAAACGUCUACACCGUGUGGACAUCGCGCGUGCCUUAACAACUUCUGACAGAACCCAGCCAAAGACGUUUCAGUUUCCCUCAAACAUCUGAAACGGACGCAAUAAUUCUACCUUCAUUUAAAAGCAGGACGUGUGGGUGUUUUUAUCCCGAACCAAAACACUGUUGCUUUCCACUGACACACACGCUCACACACACUCGCACAAAAUAGAACAAAGAGCUGUUAGCUAAGCUGCUAUUUACAACCGCGUCUAUCGGCGUCACUAGCCGCCCCAUCGCUCCGCCUGUGUCGAUUAGCAAAGCCUGAUCUCUGGCCAGACAGUCGCGUGUCAGAUCCAGCAGUUCAACAUCGCCACGAGAUCCUGAGAUGAAGAAAUCACAAACCAAUCAAAUUCAAUUCGAUCAGAGCUCACACAUGGUCUUUGCUAAGCUCUGACUUCUACAAUCAUCGUUAGACAUGUUAGCAUUUUAGCUAACUGGCCCUCUUUAUACCCACUUGUGCAAUUGUUCGUAAAUCAACUGACUAACUGACUGUAGUACUGUUUUUAAAAAAUAUUUCAAUAUUUUCCUGAAAUCUUUCUUUAACAACUAUAUAAACAUUAGCCAGGCACUAACAUGUUGCUAACCCCGUCCUGGUCACCAAGCGUCGGGUCUAGAUCUAGAGAACGCGACCACCCAUAAUAUCCUCUGAAGUCUAGAUGCUAAUCAGAAAUGACGUGGCGUUGGUCAUGCUAAGUCCGACGCUCGCGUCGAUCUCGGUGAUUAUUAGCCACUUUAGUCAGCUUUCUCUUCUUUCCGUGAGAGAAGUGCCGAAGACGCCGGGCGUGUAUCCGCUGUGCGUCAUAAUCUCCCGCGCACGUCACGGUGGUUUUAGCUAAUCAGCUCGGCACAAGGAAAGCAACGGGAGCUCGUAUCUUCUGCGCUCCUCCGCCCGCUUCUCUCCCCUCACCGGUGCCACGCUUCUGGAAAACGCCCACGCCCUGCGUGAUGUUAAUUAGCGUAGUUAAUCAUCCCCGGUCACGACAGCGUAAGUUCACACCUUGCCUUUUAUACAGUGGAGCAAUAAGUGUGUGUUGAGUAUGAAUGGAAGCAGCCAUGAUUCACUACCUCACGCUGCAUCCUGGACGGUCUGCUUGGGCAGGAAGCCGUCACUCCGCCUCCAACAUAGAGCAUUUAUUCUUUCUUUAUCUUCAAGUUGUGUGAAACUCAUCGUGCUGCUUCGCCGUUUUAUAAUCCUGAAUGUUUGCAAUUGUAAAAAAAACAAAAAAAACAAAAACAACACUUUGUUUAAUUGUUUAACACACAAACCCAUUAAUAAUUAGGCUUAUGUGCACUUUCACACUCCAACGCAGCCAGGAUCUUUAUUCGAUCUUCGUUAACAUUCCAGAACAUUCCCAGUACUCCGCAGGCCAGACCGGUCCGGUCCGGUCCGGUCCGGUUUAAUCAGAGUUGUUUCAUUUUAUUCCUUCACCAGCUUUCAACACUGUGGGUCCAAAAGGUGUUUAUUAUUAUUAUUAUUAUUAUUAUUAUUAUUAUUAUUAUUAUUAUUAUUAUCCUACUUAUCGUCGUGCGACAGUUCUGUCUGUCCGCCAUCUUCAUUCAAACUUUCCUAACAGUCUCGUCUGAAAGAAAACCCGGAAUUGUCCACGUCUCCAUCGGACCCCGUCCUUCUCCCACGUGGAAAGCAUGUGCCCACGCCGUGAAGUGCUGGUCCUCGCGUGGACCCGCUGGUGAGAGGUGUGCUCCUGACUGCGCGCCAUGCUGGUGAGGUUCUGGCCUGCGUUUCCACAGUGAUCAGACGAUGAAUGUAGGUCCUCCGGAUUAGCUUUGACGGUGUGAUGAAACUCUUUAACCCGUCUGUAGCGUUCACUACUUACCUGUGUUUUCGUCUCGUUCCGCCCCGACACCAGCGCCUGAGUCUGCCGCACACACCGAGUCUCACGCUUUUAAAGCGGUAUUUAUUUUUAUAGAACCCCCCUCCCCUCCCCCCUCGGAGGUGUAAAUAAGGCAGCAGGGAAUGAGUGGGACUGCUCCUAACAGCAGCGUUAUGCUUCAGAUAAUCCCAGCAAUAAGAAACUGAGCGAGCGUCGACUGACCUCUGACAGACGCCGCGGUCGGUGUGUUCUAAUGUACGUCCUUUGUCGGUCCACGUUAAGUUCGGCGUCUUGCGUACGACCGCGACUGUCGUCUUCUGUGUGUUUUCUAAAGACCCUCAGAGAGCGCCGUCUCGGCGUCAGCGGGACUGUUCCGAAUUCUGUAACUUAGUGUUGGUGUGUGUAGGCUUUUCAGUAUUGUUCCACGUUUAUUCGAGCGUAACGAUGCACACAGACACACACGUGUGUGUGUGUGUGUGUGUGUGUGUGUGUGUGUGUGUGUUGGUGAGCGAGUCUCUCUGGACUGUCUCCUGUCCCUAUACUGUUUCUGAGCACUGUAAAGCCACAGGCUUCAUCCUCUGCUAUAGUAAACUGCUUCCAGGGUUUGAUAAUAAUUUUCUGUUACUCUCCAUAUAACCAUAUGCAUAUUAAAUUAUAUCCACUGUAUAUGUCACACCUUCUCUCUCUCUCACACUCUCUCUCUCUCUCCCUCCCUCUAUUUUUUUUUUUUAGAAAAAAAAAUAAAUAAAGUGAAUGUUAAAAUCUUUUUAACA